AUGUCAACUAAAGUAGAUGUUAUUAGAGAACCAUCAUUAACUGAAGAUAGCGUAAGCGAUCUUUCAAGUGAUGGUAUCGAAGCCGAGGGUGUUGAUAAUACAGAAAAUCAUCAAGUUAAUGGUGCAGAUGAUACUGUUGAAGAAGCUACAUCAGAAGCAGGUAUUAUGAAACAAGCCUUUUCUUUUGUUAAAAACCACCUUAAAGUUGGUGCUGAUAUGACCAAAUUACCAAUCCCAGCCACUUUUACAACCCCAAUUAGUUUUUUAACUGCUAUUCAAACUCAAUCAGCUAUUUUCUCUCAUUUAUUAACAAGUGCUCCAUAUAUUAAAGAUGAUGAACAAAGAUUCUUACAAGUAUUAAAAUAUCAUUUAACUUGGCCUAAAAUGUAUUUCCCAAAGAAUCCAUUAAAUCCAAUUUUAGGUGAAAUUUAUGAAUGUUCAGUUAAUCAUAUCGAUGAAAAGACCAGCCAAGUUAUUGAAGGUGACACAACUAAUUUCUUUGCAGAACAAGUUUCACAUCAUCCACCAAUUUCAUGUUUCCACUUUUGGAAUGAUAAACAUGGUUUCAAAUACGAUGCUAAAGAACAAAUUACUCCAGUCUUCAAAGGUAAAUGCAUUCGUGUUAACAUGGACGUUAAAACAUGCAUCACACUCGAAAAUAAACACACAAAAGCUAAAGAAACUUAUGUUAACGACAAAUUCCCAGAAGGUUAUCUUCGUUUGUUAAGAUGGAAAUUUGAAUUCUCUGGUAAAUACACUUUCUCAUGUCCAGAAACUGGUUAUACCGCUACAAUUAACUUUAAAGAUAAACCAAUUAUUGGUGGUAAAUGGCACGAUAUUCAAGUUAUCGUUAGCAAAAAUAACGAAAAUCUCUACGAUAUUCAUGGUACUCAUGUCGAUGUCUUAACUAUCACAAAUCUCAAGAAUAAAACUUCCGAAGUCUUUAUGAAUUAUACUAUUUUACGUACUGAACCAACCAUCGAGGAACCAUUUGAACAAUUAAAAGACAAUACUUCACAAAAAGUUUGGAAAGGUGUUGCUGAUGGUUUUGCUAAAAAAGAUUCAAGAAAAGCUGGUGUUGAAAAACAAAGAAUAGAGGAGGCUCAAAGAAAAAAAGCUAAAGCUAAUUUAGCAAAAGAUCCAAAUUUUGUUCAUAAACCAGCUUUCUUUAUACCAAACCCAGAAUCAAGUGAUGGUGUCAAACCAGAAUAUAUUUAUAAAAGAUCAGAAGUCAAAGAAAAUAAUGUUGUUGCACCAACUUCAAAUUAA